CGGAUAUGACUUGCAGGGAUCUGGGAGCUGCAGCUUCCAAACUGUGGGCGUUUUUUUCCUCAAUCUUGACUCCAGAGUGUUUUUUUCCCUGGGUGUUGCCUUCCUGGAUUACAACUUUGGAGUUUCCCAGAGUGUUGCCGAGAAGGAGAGACAAGCCGGAUAGUUUCUGUAACGACAACAUUUUCAACUUUUUGGACCGCAAUAUAGGCCAUCUCUCUUUCUUUACGUUGUAGUUUUCAAGCGACACAGGACUGGUUUAUUUUAGCCGCCGUUAGCUAGCUAAGUUAAGAUAACUGGGAUCGAGCUGCUGUGCUGCUAGCGAGAGAGCCGUCCGAUGCAGGCCAUUAAGUGUGUGGUAGUGGGGGACGGGGCUGUGGGCAAAACAUGCCUGCUCAUCAGCUACACUACCAAUGCCUUCCCUGGAGAGUACAUCCCCACAGUCUUUGACAACUACUCUGCCAAUGUGAUGGUUGAUGGGAAACCAGUGAACCUGGGCCUGUGGGAUACAGCAGGACAGGAGGACUAUGACAGGCUCAGGCCUCUGUCCUACCCACAGACAGAUGUGUUCCUGAUUUGCUUUUCACUAGUCAGUCCAGCCUCCUUUGAAAACGUCCGUGCCAAGUGGUACCCUGAGGUGAGACACCACUGCCCCAACACGCCCAUCAUCCUGGUGGGCACCAAGCUGGACCUGAGAGACGACAAGGACACUAUCGAAAAACUCAAGGAAAAGAAACUCUCCCCCAUUAUCUACCCCCAGGGCUUGGCCAUGGCUAAAGAAAUAAGUUCAGUGAAGUAUCUGGAGUGCUCAGCUUUGACGCAGCGCGGCCUUAAGACAGUGUUUGAUGAAGCCAUCCGGGCGGUCCUUUGCCCCCCACCCAUCAAGGAGAGGAAGAGGAAGUGCAGAAUAUUUUAAUGGAGAACCACAGGGAGCAGAAAAUACGGUUGCAGUCAGAACUCGCCCUACUCAAGAGGGAAGACGAUGAUGGCUGGGUUCCCCAAAUAUCUAUUCACCCCCUGUGUCCUUGUUUACAUAGAAGCUCUGGUAGACCAGACAUCCAUCUGAAAGAACUUCACAGAUUCAAGCAGUGCUGAAGGAUUUCUGUCAGAUCUGGUUACUUACAUAUGUUUAGUCCUUUCAAAUUGACAGUAAAGGAAGUGACUUUGGCCUUGGGGAAUGUGAGGGUGGGGGAUUGGAUUUGGGGUUGAUUUAAGGAGAAAGAGGGAGAAUUUUACAAAAAACAUUGUCAUUUUUCUCAGUCAUUGUGAAAAAACACUACUUGAAUGUGAUUUUUAACAUGAAAUGACCGUAGAUUUAACUCCGUAAGAGAAGGAGGUCCUGCACUGCACUAUUUCCCCUACACACUAAGAGAUUCCUGCUGCCUUGAUGAAAUUUUACUUUAAACAUUUAAAAAUGUUUUUUAGGAGCUCUAAUAUCUCCUUUUUUCAUUGUCUCCUGUCAGCUGUGGUUGACAGACCGUUUUGUUUACAUGUGUCAUCUGACUAGACUGAGUGUUGCCAAAAAUCAGUCAACUGUCUUUUCACUUUGUAGUCACUCCAUGAACACUACAAUUCCUUUUAAUUUUGUUUUGAUGUGUACAAGAUACCGUCAUGCAGUCAUGUAGAAACACUUUAACCCUUAAAUGAUAUAACCAUUGUUGUAGCAGCUGCUAAGAUAGUAAUAUUUACUCUCUACAGUUAACAAGCUUUUAAAACAGUCCGCUAGAUAUUUAACAAGUAAUUAUCUUGUUUUGUUCCUAAAAGCUUUCUAGAUGAAUCCAUUGCUCUCUGUACACAGUAUUUUAUGACUAAUUGUCGAGCAUGUGAAGGUGCAGUGCAGCCAGUGUUGUGCUGGUUCAUUCUGUAAAGUUUAUAUCAUCAUUUGAAGUUUUCACUAAAUUCUUGCUCAGAAAGUGCUUUGGAUAUUCAGGCUUUUUUCUCAGUAUAUGAUGUUCAUAUUGCUAUUAUGAUGGUAUGUAACGAUGUCAUUUUGACCCCAUCUAUUAGUGUUUUAUGAAGUGUCUGUGAGCCAGUGUAUUAGUACUCAAAGGUUGCAACUGAUUUUAAUGUCUUUGUUGUACAGGAGAAACCUUGUCACAUUGAGCAGUGACUAUUCAGCAAAUGCAUUUUAUUUUUAAAUGAGCAAUGAUCAAUUGCAUGGGUGCUCUGGAGAGCCAUUGUAAAUCUGGACUCAUUUUUGAUCAGUGUUUCAAUGGCGCAAAGGAAGUGUACAUUUGGAUUGACUCUUGCUAAAUGUGGUUUCAUUUUCACAUAGCAAUAUGCUGAUUUUUUUUUUUUUUAAGCAAAUAAAUUCAUUGAAAAUG